CGCGGCCGCCAGGCCCAAGGCCAUGCGUUGGAGGUGCCGGCGGGAGCCCCGGAGCGCACCGUUCCGGCGGACGCACCUGGGGCAGACGGUCGCCCCCGGGGUGGGGGAUGGGGUGCUCCCCGGGACGCCGUCUCUCCGGAGCAUGCUCAGUCGAGGGUCCGCGCGCCGGCUAGGGCUGGGGACGCGCCCCCAGCGCCCUGCGGAGGGAGGAGAGGCUGGGAGUCUCCCCUGGAGACACUAUGGAGAAGUACCAGAUUUUGGGCCGGAUGAGUCCUGGGGCCUUGGGAGUGAACCUGGUGGUGGAGGAAAGAGAAAACAACCUCAAGCUCGUGAUCAAGCAGGUGGAAUGUAUCGAUGAGCAUCAGGCCAAUGAGGCCCUGGAGGAGCUGAUGCCGCUGCUGAAGCUCCAGCACGCCCACAUCUCCAGCUACCAGGAGCUCUUCCUCAUAUGGAACAGUGAGAUUUCCUCUGUGUUCCUCUGCCUGGUGAUGGAGUAUAACGAGGGAAGCUUCCAGAAGAUCAUCGAGAAGAAGAGGGAGACAAAGACGAUCAUCGACUCGGAAUGGAUGCAGAACGUGCUGGGCCAGGUUCUGGACGCUCUGGAGUAUCUGCACCAGCGGGACAUCCUUCACAGGAACCUGAAACCCUCCAACAUAGCCCUCGUCAGCGACAGCCAUUGCAAGUUACAGGACCUGAGCUCCCACGCACUGAUGACGGACAGACCCAAGUGGAACAUCCGCGCGGAGGAAGACCCUUUCCAGAAGUCCUGGAUGGCCCCCGAAGCCCUCAACUUCUCCUUCAGCCCCAAGUCGGACGUCUGGUCUCUGGGCUGCAUCAUUCUGGACAUGGUCAGCUGCUCCUUCAUAAACAGAACAGAAGCCAUGCAUCUGCGAAAGUCCCUCCGGAGCGACCCAGACAGGCUGGGGGGCGUCCUGCAGACCCUGGAGGAGAAGAAGAUCCCCAAUGUGGGAAGCUUCUGUUCUCUCCUGCCUUUAAUGCUGCAGAUCGAGCCCUCAGAGCGAGUGACAAUCAGGGAUGUGAUCAUCACCUUCGUGAGCCACCACUUCCAGUCCUCCAGUGUCGCUCUGGCCCUGCACCAGCAGGCGGCCCCUCCUUUCAUCACUGACCUGCUGCUGGAAAGUAACAUCGCCAGCAUUUUAGAGGUCAUGCAGAGCUACUCCAGCAGACCUGAAGUCCAGCUCCAAGCCAUGAAGAGGCUCAUAAGAAUGCCUGCAGAUGAGCUAGGUCUGCCAUGGCCGAUGGAGCUGGUAGAGCUGCUGGUCGCCAUCAUGAAGCAACACGAGCGGAUCCUCGACGUGCAGCUGUGCGCCUGUUCGCUGCUGCUACGCAGCCUGGGUCGAGCGCUGGUGCAGGACCGGGCCGCCGAGGUGCUGAGGGACAGCUCCGUCACCCCCGUGCUGCUGAGCAGCCUGUGGGCCCACCCCGAGUCGGAGCCGCUCCUGGUCAUGGUCUACAGCCUGCUCACCAUCAUCGCCAGCCAGGGAAGCUUCCGUUCGACUGUCACUUGCUCCCUCCACAAACGUGCAGACAGGGACCAGGUGCCACCGUGGGCUUCACAGGACGUCUUCUGCCUCAUGCCUCUCCACCUCACGGGGCACCUGGGGUCGGGCAGCCACCAGUCAAGCAGGCAGUGGGCGGCAGGACUGGGGAUGCUGCGGAGGACCAGGGGCCGCACCCAGCUUGCAUUGCUCCCACCUGCCUCCUCGGAAUCGGCCUCAGAGAAGCUACAGAAGGCUGGGCUGUUCGAGCACAUCCUGGAGCACCUGAGUACCUUCUCCACCAACAGGGACAUCUGCAUCAAUGGCCUGAGCCUGCUCUGGGCCCUGAUGGUGGACGCGGUCAUUGUGAACAAGACCCCUUUGGAGAAAGCCCCCGUCCUCCUCAUCAAGGUGCUGGCCUCCUACCCCGGGGACGCAGAGAUGGCGGAAGCUGGCUGUGCGGUCUUCUGGCUGCUGUCUUUGCUGGGUUGCAUCAAGGAGGACCAGUUUGAAGACGUGGCAGCCCUGUUCCUGCGAAGCAUCCGGCUGUGCCAGGACAGAGUCCUGCUCGUGAACAACGCCUACCGGGGGCUGGCCAGCCUUGCGAAGGUGUCUGAGCUGGCGGCCCUGCAAGUGGUCGUGCCAGAGGAGGGCGGCAGUGGCCUCGACCUCCUCCAGGAGACGUACCAGCUCUACAAGGACGACCCCGAGGUGGUGGAGAACAUCUGCAUGCUGCUGGCCCACCUGGCUGCCUACGAGGAUAUCCUGCCAGAGCUGGUGUCCAGUGGCCUCCGGCCCCUGGUCAAGGACAUCAAGGAGCGCUUCACCUCCAGCCUAGUGAGUGUCCGCGGGCCCCAACCAGGCCUCCGACCUGCCUCUCCAGUCAGAUGCCGGUGGCCCCGAGUCCAGGGGCCCAGACUCAAAUCUCCAUGUGUAUGGUUUCUGACGGCUCUUCUACCUCCAGGAGCUGGUUUCAUACGCAGAGACGGUGUCCCUAAGGCUGGAGGCCGUCACGUCACCCAGCUCCGCACGAGGACAGUCGGCUCUGCCCUGAGGCAGAUGCCCCAAGCCCCCACCCCCACCCCCUCUCUCCUGCCCUUUCCUUGUAUGUCCCCAGAGCUGCCCGCUGACUGGAGUCCUCCUGAGGCCUGGGGGGGAAUGUCCACCUCAGUCCUCCACAGGGUGAGGCCCAAGGCCAGUGCCUGGCGUGGAAGCGUCCCGGGGGCAGUGCUCUGGGGGCCUGGCUCGGCAGGCGUCACGCAGGCCACGGUGCUGGCCUGGUCAGUGCGGCGGCUGGACGCAGCCGUCCUCAAGGGCAACAAAGUAACCUCCAGAAGCUCUGCCUCCAGUAAAAACCUGUAUUCAUGUUCAGUACCCUCUGCGGGCUUGGGUCUUCCUCGGGCAGCAGUCAGGCGGCUUGGUCAAGUCUGGCGCUUUGGGCACUGAGUGCAACCCCCAGCUCCCGGCUGC